AAAAUGAGAAAGCUGUUGAUGAAUUAAGGAAGUUUUAUUCUGCUCAAGCAGUUAAACACAAGGAGAAUAUGGAACAGGCUGUCAACCACAAGUGCUUAGAGUUAGUGAGCAGAGUGAGUGGUCUUAAAGCAAUGAGAGACACCACUCUUGGAAAUGGAAGGACUUCUGUGGUGAUCAGGGAAGCAAUAGACUUGACAAGAAAAAACAGGGUUGAUUUGGAGUCAUUGAAAUCCUUGUGUCAGGUGCGUGAGUCUGAGAGUAAUCUCCAAAAAGCCCAGGAGUGUUUAAGUCAGUGUAAAGACAAGGAGUUGUUAGCAGCUGACAUUGUUGCUCAGAGAGACAAGGCAAGAAAAGAGUUAUUUUACUCGAUUGAUUUGUUUUGCCAGGAAGUGGAUUUGAUACCUCUUCAAGAGCGAGAAAAGUCCUUACAGCAUGCACUUAACCAGCUUCAAGAACAAGAAGUUUCAGAUGCACUAGACAGCUGUAGUGUGGAGCCAGGUGUUGCUGUUGAAGUUUAUGAGGAAUGGCAGGAGAGAAGUCGUCAGGACAUCACAGAUGUCAAGAACAAAGUUAACCAGUGUACAGAGGACCUUGUAACGGCACUCUCAAGUUUACAGCUGGCCCUGAAAGUAUCCCAAGACAGCAGUGAAACAGUCAGUAGACAUGCCUCAUUUGGUGAUCUUGACGCGAUGAUCAGUUCUUUGUCGUCAGCGAUACAAGAAGAAAUGGACAAGUCCCAGGUAUCAGAGGAUAAAGAAGCCAAGGAGAAGGUUGACAGUGCGGUCAAAGCUCUGAUCAUUGGCCUUAAAAGGGAAAUGGCAGACAUUCAGGAGUUGAGGUGAACACUUUCUGUGGGAAUCCUUG